GGCGUGCUGAGCUGCCCCGGAUACAUCCCCAGAGCUCACGCGCGCAACGCGCAACGGCACCGUCCUUUGCUGUUGGUGACCUGGUGCCACCACCAACGAAGGCAGGAGGAAAUUGAUUGCGCCAGGCGCCAGCCCCACCGCCACGGCUCGGCGACGCGGCUAGCUCUUGCACCCGUGCUAUCCAAAACGAGCACCGGCCCUGCUAGCUCUUGCGGUCGCGGCGCCCGAGAAGAGGCAGCGAGCAGGGCGCUCGUAUCCUGCUUGUCCUAGUUGUCCUGGGGCGACGGUGAGCGGAUGGAGGGGUCGACGGCGGCGGCGGCUGGGGCGGGGGCGAUGCUGUGCGGGAAGGAGGAGAAGGUGCUGGGCGUGCAGAAGGCGCCCGGGAGCUGCCCGUACUGCGGCGGCGGGGUGGCGGCGACGGACGUGGAGGCCAAGUGGGUGCUCUGCUUCCUGCCGCUCUGCCUCAAGACCAAGCGCAGGUUCGCCUGCACCGCCUGCGCCAGGCGCCUCGUCACCUACCCCGCCAUUCUGCAUGACUAGAGUUCUAGCUACAAGAUCAUUUCCUGUCCUCCCCUCUUCACUCGAGAUCUCCGGGUGAAGUGAAGAUAUGAUUUGGUCGAAUUCUCGUUUUGGUGACAACUUGUAGCGAUUUAGCGGCUUAAA